AUGGAGUUCAAUGAGCUUUACGAAUCUCUAGCAGAUCCGCAAGUGUCUGUAGACUCAAAACUAGAUUUACUCACAAAAUUUAAAGGACAUGUGAAAAAGGAACUCGUAAAUGUUAAAUUGAUUUCCAAAUAUUUCGACGCAUUACUAUUUGUUAUACAACAUUAUCAAGAUUCAAAUAUCAUUGAUCCACCAAAUGCAUUAAAACUAUUGACUUUAGCACAUUCAGCAUUAUGCUAUUUGAUUAAACGUGUGGCAAUGCAAUCUCCUAUUUUCUUUAGUCAACCUACUGUAACCAAAUUAUUAUUUUAUUUAGUAAAUCUAGUACCGCAAGAGAAAAGAUUCUGGCUAAGUUCAAUAAGAGCAAUUGAAGCUAUUUAUCUAAUUUCUCCAAGCAUUUUACAAAAUUCUUUGAAGAAUUUAUGUUUAAAUAUAAAGGAUAACGAAAAUACUGAAGAAGGAAUCUCAAUGGAAAAUGAUUUAAAUAAAACCAUUUUAUUAAUUGAAGAAUUGGUCAAAAUUAAUACAAAAAACAAUAGAAAUCCAAUGGAGAUUUUAAAUUUCUUCAAUCCAAUCUUUAUCGACGUAUUAAAUAAUGGUAAUAAAAAUAUUGAAAAUAUUGAUGAUAAUUUAAAAUUAACAAUUGAAUUAAUAAAAUUCAAUUUAAAAAAAUAUUAUAACGAUGAAUUGUAUCAAAAUUUUAUUAAUCAAAUCGAAAAUGAUAUGAUUAAACAACAUUUGAUAAUUACUAAUUCCGAUGAUCACAUAAGUACAACCACUGAUAAUAAUAAUACUAAUAAUAAUGACACCAAUAAUGACAAUACCCAGAUUAAUAAUAAAAAUAAUAAUGAAAAUAAUAUUAAUACCCAACAUAUUUUUAACCAACAAUUUGAAAUUGAUUUGAUUUUAAAAAAUGACUUGAAAAUUAUAAGUAACAAUACAAGACAAAAUAAAUUAACUACUUUCAAAAAUUAUAAUUCGUUCGAACAAUUAUCAAAUGAUAUGAUUAAUUUGUUACAACCAUUUCAAGAAACCAAAGAAACUGAACAAAAUUGGAAAUUGAGACAAGCAAACAUUUUAAAAUUUAGAGAGAUCGUUAAUGGGAAUUUACCAAAAAAAACCCCAAUAGAAUUCAUUAGCAUUUGUAAAGAAUUACAAUUUAUAGAGUGCAUUUCAAAGGCUAUUCUAUCUUUGAGAACAACAUUAUCUUUGGGAGCAUUCCAUCUAAUUAGAGAAUUCUGUGAAAACCUAAAUCAAAAUCUAGAUUCUCAAAUUAUUGAUCAAAUUUUUACUACCUUAAAAACAUCAUUAUCUUCAACUAAAAAAAUUACAUCUCAAAACUCUCUUCAUUCAUUGGUAAUUUUAUUGCUCAAUUCAAACUUUUCAAACAAGCUUUUCAAUAUUUGUUUUACCUUGGUAAAUGAGAAAAACGUUUCUCCAAGGAUAUGUUCUUCAAUUUUAUUAAGGUUAAUUUUGAUUAGAUUUAACAAUUCUGUAGAUAAUGAAAGAAGGUUAGAUAAUUUGAAUUUAUUCAUUGAAGAAUGGUUGAUUAAGGGAAUUGCAGACGCACAAACAUCAGUCAGAGAAUCUAUGAGAUUAACAUUCUGGUAUUAUUUUAAAUGUUAUCCAAGUAAUGCAAGAAAAUUGCUAACAGAUUCUUUCUCUUCUCAACUAAAAAAAGCUAUUGAAUUAUCAAUCCCACCUCAUCUAAAAUUAGAUUAUCAGCCAAUUUCAACAUCA